CUUCGCCUCCCGGGCGCUGGAUGCCUCCCUCAGAUAAGGCUGGAGGCGCUUCGCUCGGCAGCCUGUGCACGACUCUCCCGGCUCAGCAAAAUGUCCGGCAACCGACUUUGGUAAGUGCUGAAAGGCUCCCCAGGGCUUGGAAGGAGCUUCCUUCCAAAAUGUCCGGCAACCGACUUUGGUAAGUGCUGAAAGGCUCCCCAGGGCUUGGAAGGAGCUUCCUUCCAGCCCAUCUCUCUGCCCACCAGGCUGCUGCUCUUCUCUGGGCUCCUGCUGCCUUGAAGGGGGCUCAGAACCUCAGAGCAGGGGUAGGCAACCUAAGGCCCACAAGCGGGCCACGGGGGUCAUUUAACCGGCCCACGAGCCGCCCCCAAACUGAGCCGCCUGCUCGGCGAGUCCCCCCACCCUGCGCUAAAUCGGCACAGCAUGGCACGGGGACUUGCUUCUACGGCGCCGGAAAUAGUGUCUGCGCAGACACAGAAAUCGCGGGCUGGAAAUCGCGGGUAUGCAUGCUCACUCACACGCACAAUCCACCCCACAGAGGGAUCUCCGCUGGAGGGAAUCGGCCCAGGCGAGGUAAACCUUGCCAACCCCUGGUUCAGAGAGACCGGCUCACCCGCAAAAGCGCCAAAGCUCACCUGCAUCCACUCGGCCGCCUCCAGCGGUGGAAUUGGCACUGUAAUCCCUGUUCGGCAUUUGCAAGAUCUGAUCUAUUGGGCUGUGGAACUCCCUGCCUCUUGAGAUCAAGCGGGUGCCUUUGCUGCCCUCUUUGGGGCACCUGCUCAAAAGCCUCCUUGUCUAGGCAAGCCUGCCCGGCUGUUUAGAAAUGCUGCUAUGAAUGGGAAUCCAUUUUAGCAUUUUAACUUUCUGUAUGUCUGGCUGAUUUUCUUGUUUUAUCUUUCUGUAACUGCUUUGAGGUGGCUGUUUUUUAAGAAAACAAAAACCGUGUAUAAAUUUUGUGAACUAAAUAACGGAUCUCCACCUGUCAGCUCCCUUGCUGUGCACGUGUGUGUGUGUGUGUGUGUGUGUGUGUGUGUGUUUUGUGUGUUUGUAUGAAGCUAGAGCAGCUGCUUUGCAUUCAGAAUGUGCAAGUUUCCAUCCCCUGGCUGAAAUUUGGGAGAGCUUUUGCCAGUCAGUGCAGGCAGUAUGGAGUAGGUUAGAGGGACGGCAGCUGCCUCUGCUCUUUGGGGAGGGAGGACCCAGCUGGAGGGGAAAGGGUGGUGGGGAGGAUCAGGAUUUUUCUGAGUAUUUUAAAAUGACAGUUGUUUCUAGUGGUUGGGAGGGAAAAUAUAAGAGAGCUGUGAGUCAGUGGCUCCAUUUCUCAGAGGCAGCAGCCUCCCUCCCCUGCUUAACCACCAUUCUUCCUCUUUGCCAGAAGUCCUGCCUUUGGGGUCGGAAGGCUGGUUGUGGGGGGAAUGGAGGCUCAGGGGUCUGGAGGGGAGAGGCUUUGGCCCGGAGGCAGGGGGCCGGGUCUGCUGCUUGUUUGGACUCUCCAGUGUUAACGGAGAAAUCUGAGGGCUCCCUUGGACAAAAAAACAAGGAGACCAGCCAGGAAACUAUCUCAUAAGGAGACCGUCCCUUUGUCCCUUCUUGGCUGGAGGCCAAGAGGGCAUCUUUGGCUAAGCAGAUGUUGCUUAUUCAAUGUCAAGCGGACACGGAGCAAUGGAUCCAAACUACAAGAAAGAAGAUUCCACCUCAACAUUAGGAAGAACUUCCUGACAGUAAGAGCUGUUCGACAGUGGAAUUUGCUGCCAAGGAGUGUGGUGGAGUCUCCUUCUUUGGAGGUCUUUAAGCAGAGGCUUGACAACCAUAUGUCAGGAGUGCUCUGAUGGUGUUUCCUGCUUGGCAGGGGGUUGGACUCAAUGGCCCUUGUGGUCUCUUCCAACUCUAUGAUUCUAUGAUUCUAUAAAAGAGAGAGAGAUGGCUGCCCUGCCCUGUGCUUUUGUCGUUACCUGCACAGGUGAGGCCACGCUCACCUCUAGUCACAUGCAGAGGAAGUCUGUCCCAGACCAGAAGGAAACAGGAAGUUGACCUGCUGGCUGGACAAACAUUCCUCCCAUGUGUAAACAUCUUCACUCUAGGAAUGUUGUAUUUGACUGCUCCCACAAAACAGCAGAUUGUGAAGGAGCUGGGUGUGUGCGUGAUGCAGCAGACCCCGGGAAUCCGGACGCUCCAGCUGCAGAGAGGCUUGCCAGAUGUGCGCUCUCUUGGUGAAAAGGCUAAUGGACAUCUCUUGCUUUCUUCCAGGAUGGUGCCCACAGUGGCCAUUGUCCUCCUCCUCUGCCUGGCCUUUGGAACUGGCCAGAGCCCGGCCGCCUGCACAGGGGCCUACGACUGCCCCAAGGCCCACCAGGAAGUCUACACCAAACUAAGGGACGUGACGGAGAUCCCAAAGACCGCCAGCACCAUCAUCACCGAAAUGAUCUUUGUGCAAACCAGCUUAACAGAGAUCAAGAGCGGAGCCUUCCGGAACAUGCCCGGCCUGCAGAAAGUCCUGUUCAUUGGCAACAAGAUCAAAACCGUAGAGGUGGGGGCCUUUGAUAACUUGGAGAAACUGGAUGAGCUGGAAAUCACGCAGGCUGAGCUAGACGACCUCCCUGUGGGCACCUUCCGCUCUCUUCCUCGCUUGCAGAAGCUGAAUCUGCGGGACUCUCAGAUCAAGGGCCUCCAGAAAGGACUCUUUGAGGAUCUCGGGGAGCUGGAGGAGAUCUAUCUGCAUAUGAACGAGAUCCCUUCUCUCCCCGAAGGCGUCUUUGAUGGGCUCUCCAACCUGACCUUUUUGCACCUGGCCAGGAACAAGGUCGCUGCCAUCCCAGAGGACGUCUUCAAGGAACUUCCUCGGCUGAAGGUCCUCCGGCUGUACGAGAACGAGAUCAGAGACCUCCCGGAGGGGAGCCUGGACAGCCAGCAGGACCUGACGGAGCUUGGCCUCCAGAAGAACAAGAUCCGCACGCUGCCUCCCAGGGUGCUGAGGAACAAGCCCAACCUGGAGAAGCUUUUCCUGGAGCACAACCUCUUGGAGACCCUCCCGGAUGAGGCCUUCUUUGGACUGAGGAAGCUGAAGCAGCUGACCCUGGCUUCCAACCGGCUGAAAGGUCUCCCCGGCCGGCUCUUUGGGGAGAUGCCUUUGCUCACCCAGCUGGACGUGAGCAAGAAUGCUUUGCAGGCUCUUCCAGCGGGGGUCUUUGCCAACCUCACGGGGCUCACAAAACUCACCUUGUCCCAGAACCAGCUGGCAGGCCUCCCUCUCGGUGUUUUAACAGGCCUCCGCAAACUCUCUGAGCUCAAUGUGGAGGCAAACAAGCUCUCAUCUCUGGAGGGUCUCCUGCCACCUUCCCUCCCGGGGCUGAAGACCCUGAGGCUCCGCCAGAACCAGCUGGAGACCAUCCCUCCGGGCCUCUUGGACAGCUUCACGAAGCUCACCUCCGUGUAUCUCGGGGAGAAUCCGUGGAGGUGUGACUGCCUCCUUCUCUACCUCCACCGAUGGAUGAGCAGCAAUCCCAAAAAAGUGAAGGACGCCACAAAGGUCAUGUGCGGAAGCCCCAAGGAUCUGCAGGGCAAAGCAGUCAGUUCCUUGGCAGAAGAUCAGCUGGUUUGCCCAACGACUCUGCCCAUUUCAAGCACCGCUCUGCCCACAACGACUUUCCCUCCUCCUGCCACAACAACACUCCCCCCAGCUCCUAAAAAAGCCACUGUUGCUGCAACCACCUCCGUUUCUGAGCCUGCCACCACCACAAAUGCAGCCACAACCCUCCGAACCACAGAGGCUCUGACCUCAACUCCUCAAAUCACCACCUCUGAGAGUCUCACUGAAACCUCACAGACCAUGACCACCAGCGGGACAUCCUCUGAAACCACCAGCGCCACCAGCACAGGGGCUCCAACUCCAGCUCCUCACAUCUCCAUCAUCACCCCUCCAAGUCCCACCUCAGCUGAGACAAGCCCUGAAAUUGCCACCACUGCUGAGAUCUCAAGUACAACCUCUGUGUCCAUCACAACCCCGGCUACAACCCCCGAGGCAGCCACGACCAUUGCUCACCUGCCACCCACAACCCCUCAGAUCACGACGACAACAAAGGUUCAGACCACGGCCCCUGAAAUUACCAGUGCUAGGACUGCGGCUGCCACAGCUGUCUUCACAACUGGGAUGUCACACACCACCCCUUCUGGUGCCACCACAAGCACUCAGAUCUCCACAACCAUUGCCAGGGCAACCACCGCAACUUCUGAUGCCUCCACAAGCCGCCCUGGUACAUCAGCCACCACACCUGUGGUCCCUGGGACAACCAGCAAGGCAGUCGCCACCACACCUUCACCGCUUGAGACCACCCCUACGGAGACAUUCUCUUUGGUGGCGGCUUCCACAAUGUGCCUUGACAACGUCAGUCUUCCAGGUGGAUGCAGGUCUGGGUCUUUGUCUCCCGAACCGACAGCCAGGCUGGACCCGACUACACGUCCUGAGACGCCCCCGUCGCCCACCUCUGCUGUGACACAGGCUCCCCUGCCCACCACUGGCUGGGUGACAACCUCUCCAGCUGCUGCCAGCUGCACCUUUUGCUCUUCGGCUGUCACGCCAGCCAGGGCUUCCCUUCCUCCGAGCCCAAGGCCCGGCCGUCCAGCCAGCCCCCCUCAGCCCCCGUCCCAGAAAAUCCAAGCCUGGGGCUCUUCGCUGAGUUCCAACUACCGGUACUGCAAGCUGUCUGCGAUGAUGUAUUUGUCCAUGCUGUGUCUUGAAAUCUGCUGCACCGCUGCCUUGGCCAGGUGUGUCUACGCCCUGCACAGAGCCACGCGCUCCAUGGACUCGCCCACUGUGCCGGUCAAGCUGGUGAAGGUGAAGCCCAGAAGGAUGAAGCUGUGAUGGUGUUUGGCCACAGGAGAGACCUUCACUGUUAAGUUGUGGGUGAACAUAUCAGACGACACAGUGAUUCUUCAAACAGCUCUUGUUUAUUCAUGGGUCAGAAAAGAACUGAACUGAAAGGUUCAGCCAGCCUGCUUAUAUAGAGCUCCACUAGAACGCAACAGUAACCAUUUUCUGUAACUAUCCAAUCACUGAACAUCACUUUCAAUCCCUUAUUUGCAUAUGUGGACCUGAGUGAAAACUAUCUACAGUAUCCCCCUGCUGGCCCAGGGUGAGAACUUCAGUACAUAACUUUCAUAGGAUGCUAGAAUCGUAGGGCUGUCAGGGAGUCCAGGGGUCAUCUCGCUCAAGCCCCUGCAAUGCAGGAAUCGCAGCUAGAGAAUCCCUGACAGACGGUCCUCCAAGCUCUGUUUAGAAACCUCCAAUGGAUCCUAGAUUGGCAGAGUUGGAAGGGAUCCCCAGCGGUCAUCUAGCCCAACCCCAUGCAAUGGAGGAAUCAUGGCAAAUUAAAUGAGGCAGGUGAAGCAGCAGGGGUGUGCAGAGACUUUGGGUUGGGGGGGUGACAUUGCUUUAGGGGUGGAUUUACACACAGGGGGAAAUGCCAUAAGUCAGUCAGAAAUUAAAUUCUUACAAAAGAAAAAAAAAAAGCUAUGUAAAUAUCACAUAGAAAUAGUUUGCUCUCUGGCGUCAUCUGGUGUCGCAUGUUUAGAACGCAUUCAAAAUGUUGUUUUUCCUAAUGUAGCUGAGUCCUAGGGGUCUCCCUCACCAGUGUAACAAUUUGCUUAAAUCGUAAGCUUAUCUUAGGUAUGACUACUGAAAUAAAAAAUUAAGGUCUUAUAUAUAUUUGCCAGGCAAACACGUACAUAAAUGUAUGGGCCACAUGUCUGAGGCAGCACAGGAGGGCAGCCCUGGCACCAUUUUGGCUCCCAAACUGACCAGAUGUUUUCUCUGCAAGGUCAAAGGAAAAUGGAAAAGACUCCCCAUUGUCUUUUCAUUCACAAAACCUGUCUUAAGGGUAUGUCUGUGUAUGAAUAGGGUGAGCCUGUGACCUGAUUCAGGAACUAAGUAUUUGUCACUAUAAAAGACUGGCCAGGCUCCCCAGGCAAUCCAAUCAAGUAAGCAUUAAUAGGUAACCUGCCAGACAGAAGAGAAACAAUGCACUCAGAUUUCUGCUGUAGACUGCCCUUUCUGUGAUGUAGGUAUGAUGUUUCUGGCAGUGGUCUUGGACUCCAAGGUGGGCUCCAACCUGGGUUCUGGGUCCUCUUCCUCCUCCUUUCCUGCGUGUAAGGGGAGCACCCUGUCGCAACAGUUCAAUAAAGAUCAGGCUUACGAGCUGCUUUCCUUCUCAAUAUUCUCUGCUUGGCCUCUGUUAUUUUCUCCGACCGAUGGAGAACCUGCAAAGGACUCUGAAAGGGCUCUUGUGUCCCCCAUAAGGAAAUAAGGGCAGAUUUCUGUUUAUUACACAGGUCCUGCUGAGUGUGAUCCCAAGAGACUCUCUCACAGGCACAUUUGCACCCAGGAUCAUGCCCUGCUGCCAGCCUGUGCCAGGAGAUGAUUCUGUGGGGUGUGAAACACAGAGCAGUUAAACACAACAUUCCUAGAGCAGACAUGUUUAGACAUGAGGAGGGAUGUUUGUCCAGCUAGUAGAUAAACUUCCUGUUUCCUCCUGGGCUGGGACAAACUUCCUCUGCAUGUGACCAGAGGUGGGCGUGGCCUCACCUGUGCAGGUAACAAAAGCACAGGGCAGGACAGCACAUCUCUCUCUUCUCUAUUUUGCUUUCGUCAAAGAAGCAUCAGCCUGAGAUGCUAUUGGCUCCAAAGGAACUAUCUCCUUAUGGGAUAGAUUCCAGGUGGAUGUAUUUUGUAACUUAAGUCUGCCUUCUGGGGUCCGUUUGUGAACAGAAUGUGAGUAAACUCUUUUAUAUACUUUUAUACAAGACUGUGUCGUGUCUAUUCUUUUUAUGAGGGAAUAAAAGGGGAAUUACCAGGGAACUUAUUUUAGAGGCUUAUGCAAGCCGGGCAAAAAACGUUAUCCGCUGUGUAGGUUUAAAAAGGGGAAUGUGACUCUGCUAAAUUGUAGGACUUGUUAACACAAGUUGGGAAGGAUAUAAUUCAACAAUAUAUCCUCUCCUGCCUGCCUGGACAUUCCCACAGAUUUCUGGCCAGAUGCCUGGGCUUUGGCUGCCCACCCACCCCCACUUCCAUUGAACAACUCGGGCUCCCUAGGGGAGGGGAGAAAUUUGUAGUUAGACUCCUAGAAUGGUGGAGUUGGAAGGGACCCCAAGAGGCAUCUAGUCCACCCCCUGCAAGGCAGGAAUCACAGCUAGGGGCAGUCAUUUAAUGCAAGGCUGGCAAAGCGUGGGUGGCAACGAGGCAAUGCCAGCAGGUGGCAAGGUUGCAGGGCCUGUUGUUGUUGUUGAAUUCAAGAUUAAACCGAGAAAAAGUCAUGCAUUUAAAAGCAUUUAAAUGCAGCCGCUUUCUGUGGUCUUGGUGAUGUUCUCUUGCAAUAACCAGAGAUGCCAGGGACUCACAGCAACUGCAGCAGGAGGUGGGUUAAGGAGCACCCCUGAGAAUACACAAAGGGCGUCUCAGCAGUUCUCUCCCAAUGACUCCUGCCUGGAGGCUUUAGCUGUGCGGCAGCGCCUCCCAGUGGACGGAGGACAAAUUCCAACGAGGAAAGGAUUGCUAUUGUUUCCAGCAAAAGUUCUGGAGUUAGACUCAGAAAAUCAUGGAAUUGUAGAGUUGGAAGGGGACCCUGAGGGUCAUCUAGUCCAACCCCCUGCAAGGCAGGAAUCUGUGUUAGUCAUUGUUAAGACAAUGCCCAUCCCUGGAUAAAUAUAUUGUUGAAGGACUUUUUUUUUUUUUAAGUACAAUAUCCCUAAGCCAAGCUUCUUUCUUAGAAUUAUUAUGGGUCACUUAGCAGGAUAAUGACCCUUUCCCACCUCACUGCAAGCUGUUAUGGAAAUUACGGGGGGGGGGGGACAUCUUUAAAGUUAAAUGUUACAAAUAUUAUGCCUGAAUGUAUCCUUUCAACUUGACAGCUCAGGGAAGUUACCUAGCUUUAAAAAUAAUAUAAAAUCAACUCCUUUGCCAGCUUCCUCCAUUCCAAAGCUAUUUUCCCCUUGAAAAAGGACUCCAGGAAGUUCCCAGAGGUGACAACUGCUGAGCUGAUUGUUGGCCAAGGAUAGCCUAAUCCCAUCACCAGACUUGCCUCAGGCUCCAGACAUGCAAAGGAAGUUCUAUUGUACUUUGUGUGGUGGGACUUCAGAGGUGUUUGCCUGUGCUAAUCUUAUACCUGGGUCUUGCCCUGCCAUGUCUGCUUAUGCUAAUCUUGUACCAAGGACUUGUCUGGACAUGUUUGCCAAAGUUAACCCCUCCCCUUUUUGUGACAUGUCAGUGAUGUAGCAAUGAUGUAGCAAUGAUUCUGUACGAACUGUAUUCUGGGAUAUGGUGGGAAAGUUUUAAAAGUCUUUGUCACCCCAUCCAUGGGGCUCAAAAUUCCUCUUUGAACCUGUUGUGCAAUAAACUUUGAUCUACAGCUAUUUGCUCCGGUUGGUGGCUGGACUCCUUCCUUUAUUCUGCAAGGACCUGCGAUGAGCUGGGUGACUGAGCAGCCUCACACCUAGAUUUUUCCAUAACACAAGCUAAGCAACAAAGACUGUAAUCAGAUUUGAAUUAACUGGGAAGAGACUUCAGCACAGGAGCAUAAGAAGAGCUUGAUCAGGGAUCAGGCCAGUGACCCUUCUAGUCCAACAUGCUGUUCUCACAGGGCCCAACCAGAUAACCCAAAAGGAAACCCGCAAGCAGGAUUCGAAUGCAACACUUUUCCCUCUUGUGGUUUCCAGCAACUGGUAUUCAGGAGCAGAACUGUGGUAGCCCUCUCCUCCUCCAUGAACUUGCCCAGUCCUCUUUGAAAGCCAUCUAGCUGGGUGGCCAUUCCUGUCUCCUGCAGGAGGGAGUUCCACAGGUUGACUACGACUCCCAGCUCUUCUAUGGCUUCAAAACACACCAAGGGGAAACACCUUGAGGUCCAGCUGCAGGAUCAGUCCCUGCUCCAGGAACACAGCCGCAAGAACAGGCUGGGCAAGGAUAGGACCCUGUUAUGAGAAUUAUAAGGUCUAAGAUAUAAAAGAAAUGUACCAGGCAAACACACACAUAAAUAAAUAAAUAUAUAAACCGCAUGUCUGAAACAGCACAGGAAAAAGGUCCUGAAACCAUUUUGUCUCUCCCAAAUGGACCUCAAAUGCUUCUCUGCAAGGACAAAGGAAACGGGAAAAACUCCCAAUUGUCUCUUUGCUUACAAAUCCUGUCUUAAUGGCCUAUCUGUGUAUGAAUAGGGUGAGCCUGUGACCUGGACUCAGGAAUUUAGUAUUUUCCAUCACAAAAGAAUGGCCAGGCUCUCCAGGUAAACCCAUUAACAGGUUUCCUGCCAGACAGGAUUUCUGCUGUAGACCCGCCUCCUUCUGUGAUGUAUGUAUGAUGUUUCUGGGGGUGGUCUUGGGCUCCAGGGUGGGCAAUUUCAAAAGUCUGUAUAAGGGCUUGCACACCAUUGUUCUGG